AUGCGAGUGCACCUGCUCCUGCUGCUGGCCGCGGGCCCCGCGGGCUGGGCGGCCGCCGCGAGCGGCCUGAGCCUGCGCGGGGACUGGCGGCUGCGCAGCGGGAACGGCUCGCUGCAGCUGGCGGCGGCGGUCCCGGGCUGCGUGCACAGCGCCUUGCUCCGGCACGGCCUGAUCCAGGAUCCUUACUACAGAUUUAAUGAUGUUAACUACAGAUGGAUAUCCUUAGAUAACUGGACCUAUAGCAAGGAAUUUAAAAUCCCUUUCAAUACUAGCAAAUGGCAAAAAAUAAAUUUGGUUUUUGAAGGGAUUGACACAGUUGCAGAAAUCCUAUUUAACAAUGUCACUAUUGGGAAAACAGACAACAUGUUUCGCAGAUACAGCUUUGAUAUUUCCAACCUCGUCAGUGACACGAACUCCAUUGAACUGCGUUUGCAGUCAGCGGUCCAGUAUGCAGAACGGAAGAGCAGAGCUCACACUCGCUACCAGGUGCCCCCCGAGUGCCCUCCGCGUGUUCAGCAGGGCGAGUGCCAUGUCAACUUUGUGCGAAAGGAACAGUGCUCCUUUAGCUGGGACUGGGGGCCUUCUUUUCCAACCCAAGGAAUCUGGAAGGACGUGAGGAUUGAAGCCUAUAAUAUUUGUCAUCUGACUUAUUUCACAUUUUCCCCAAUAUAUGAUAACACUGCCCAGGAGUGGAAUCUUGAAAUAGAAUCUUCUUUUGAUGUUGUCAGUUCAAAACCAGUUGGUGGCCAAGUGAUUAUAGUCAUUCCUAAACUACAAAUACAGGAGAUCUACAACAUCACACUGCAACAUGGGGACAGGACUGUUCUGCUGGUUGUGAAGAUUAACAAGAAUAUUGUUGUGGAGCCUUGGUGGCCUAAUGGACAUGGGAAUCAGACUGGGUACAAUAUGACGGUUCUUUUUCAAAUGAAUGGAGGCUUAAACAUUGAAAAAUCAGCGAAGGUUUAUUUUAGGAGAGUGGAGCUUAUAGAGGAGCCUAUAGAAGGAUCUCCUGGUCUCAGUUUCUACUUCAAAAUCAAUGGACUCCCCAUAUUCUUGAAAGGUUCCAACUGGAUUCCAGCAGAUUCGUUCCAAGACCGAGUAACCUCUGACUUGUUGCAGCGACUCUUACAGUCUGUGGUGGAUGCCAACAUGAAUGUACUUCGGGUGUGGGGAGGUGGGAUUUAUGAGCAGGAUAGAUUCUACGAACUCUGUGAUGAGCUAGGAAUCAUGGUGUGGCAGGAUUUCAUGUUCGCCUGUGCACUUUAUCCAACCGAGGAGGACUUCCUGAACUCAGUGAGGGCAGAAGUGACUCACCAGAUCAAGAGACUGAAGUCUCAUCCUUCUAUCAUCCUGUGGAGUGGCAAUAAUGAGAAUGAGGUGGCACUCAUGAUGAACUGGUAUUCUAUAAAUGCCAGCCACUUGCACACCUACAUUGAAGACUAUGUGACUCUCUAUGUGAAAAACAUCAGAACGCUUGUCCUGCAAGGGGACAAGACCCGGCCUUUUAUCACAUCCAGUCCUACAAAUGGAGCCAAAUCCAUCGCAGAGGGCUGGUUGUCCCACUACCCGUACAGCAAUUAUUACGGUGAUGUACAUUUUUAUGACUACGCAAGCGACUGCUGGGAUUGGAAGAUUUUCCCCAAGGCGCGGUUUGUGUCUGAAUAUGGCUAUCAGUCCUGGCCUUCGUUUAGCACACUAGAGAAGGUCUCAUCUAACAUCGACUGGUCUUAUAAUAGCAGAUUUUUCUUUCAUCGACAACAUCAUGAACAUGGUAACAAUGAAAUGCUUAGACAGGUUGGCCGUCAUUUUACACUCCCCAACAGCGCAGAUCCAUCACGCGUGUUUAAAGAUCUCAUCUACCUAACUCAGGUGAUGCAGGCCCAGUGUGUCAAAACAGAAACUGAAUUCUACCUGCGCAGCCGCAGUGAGAUAGUGGGUGGCAAAGGUCACACCAUGGGGGCCCUUUAUUGGCAGCUGAAUGACAUCUGGCAGGCUCCUUCCUGGUCCUCUCUUGAGUACGGGGGAAAGUGGAAAAUGCUCCACUACUUUGCUCAGCACUUCUUUGCCCCGUUGUUGCCAGUGGGCUUUGAGAAUCAAAAUAUGUUUUAUGUGUACGGCGUGUCGGAUCUCCAUGUGGACUGUAAUGUUACCCUCACUAUGAGACUCCAUUCAUGGCGGUCCUUGAAGCCUUUGUGCUCCCGUUCGAUGAGUCGUCGUGUGAUUAAAGCAGGACAGUCUGUGCGCCUCUAUAAGGGGCGAGUAUCUACACUGCUAGGAUGCGGGAACUGUACAAGACAGCGCUGUGUGAUUUCCUUCUACCUUUCAACUGACCGGGGACUCUUGAGCCCAACAAAUUAUCACUUCCUGUCCUCUCUGAAGCAUGCCACCAGGCUCCUCAAGCCUCAAAUCACUGCCAAUAUCUCCCAGCAAGGUGACACAUUUGUUUUUGAUCUGGAAACCUCAGCUGUGGCUCCCUUCGUGUGGCUGGAUGUUGGAAGCAUUCCUGGGAGGUUUAGUGACAAUGGCUUCCUCAUGACUGAGAGGACCCGGGCUGUGCGGUUUUACCCCUGGGGUCGCACCAGCGUGAGUGAACUGAAGCAGUCUCUUCACGUGACUUCCCUGGCAGAUAUUUCCUGAAGGAGUCCAGGUUGGGUUUCCAGUGAGCACUGGGAGUAGAGUCUGGAGGAAGCCUGGCUGCAGAGGAAGGCAGCCUGGAGUGAGCGGAAGAGGCCGGGAGACCCAUCUGCUCUCUACCGUAUGUCUGACUGAUCACUAUGUUGUGAGUUUGCUUGGGGACGGCUGUUUAUCCAGGUGAUGUCCUGACACAAGGCUGCGUCCAGGUGUUUGUUCCUCAGUCUGUGUCAGGACUGUGAGUUUGGCCCUCCACUUCACGGUUUUAGCAUAACACAGUUUUAACUACACUGCCUUUCAGGGCCCACAGGAGUAUAACCAGGCAGCUGUAUGAGACCAGGGAUUGUGUGGGAAUGUUGACCUUGGAUGGCAAUGGGAAAUACUGAAGGACCAAAACUAAGCUCUUGCCUACAUCUUUACAGGAAAUGAAAGUUCAGAUAUUACAAUAGACACUUUUUGGUGGAAACUGGCUAGGAUUUGAUUGUUGCCAUUCGACUGUGUGUGUGUGUGUGUGUGUGUGUGUGUGUGUGUGUGUGUGUGCUGGAGCUUGAACUCAGGGCCUGGACACUGUCAUUGAGUUGUGUUUUGGUGGGUUUUUUAUUUUGUUUUGUUUUUUUUGC